AUGCGUGUUUUAAAUAGGGCGCAUUUAUUGGAAUCUUGCUGUUACGAAUUCACAGAGCAGAGGACCGAAAUCUUAAACCGAAAAUUUGAGAGAGAAACUAAGACUUCAUCGCACGAUUCACUGCCGAGCUUUGCCUCUGAGUUCGAUACCUUCAAGUCCCUGCACUUGCAAAUCCGCCUCAGCAAAGCCGCUCCGCCUCACGCCACACAAUUGACGUACCGCACAGCACCAUCGGGUCCUUCAUCUGACGAGCUCCAAGGCUUCACCGUUGAACCUCCGCGCACACAUCACCAGAUUAUCCGUCACGCUUAUCACGCCGCAAUAACAACGCCCGCCGGAGACCUCUCUCGUCACCGCUAA